GUCUUAUUGCUGCACUUUCAACAUCCUCUACUGCUCUCCUCCAUUCCAACGCAUUUACACACGCAACCACAACCAUGCAUACUGUUAAAAUGCACAGCGCUCUUCUCAUUCUUUCGGCCCUGCCCUCGGCUUUCGCGAUCCACGCCUACUCCGUCCCCACCGCUCUCUCUCUCCAAGAGGCAGAUACCAGCAACCCCUGCGUUCUCCCCGACGACUAUCAUAUCAAGGGCUACUCGGCCGAGUCCGAAAGUGACGGCGAGACCCUCUCCUCCUUCAGCUUCACCUUCCUGGAUGACACAACCAAUGUGACAACGCCCUGCGAGUUCAACUCAUCAUCUGUUUCUGUUCCCGGAAACGGUACCCCACGGUACCAGUGCGAUAAUACGGACGUCGAAUUUAUUUGGCAAAAUGCAACGCAGUAUCUCACCAUGGUUGAGAGGGUGUGUCCAGAUGCCAGCGGAGCCGAGGCAUAUGAAGUCGCUGGUAGCACACGGAUCUGGCUUAAGUGCCCAGAGUCGGGCGGCGCCUGCACCACCAAUUCGACCGAUUACAAGUCACUUUUCGUGAGCCUCAGCCCUGUGAUGAGCCCGAGCCGUAUCUAGAGUUUGGGUUCAAGGGAAGUAAAAUGAUUCAAAUCUUAUUAAAUUAGACAUAAUAGAUACAAUAAAAUAUUCACUAUAAAAA